UCUUUUUCUGUGUCAACAGAUGUUUAUUAGCAAAAUCCGAGUAUUAUUGGAUACAACAAAAACACAGUGUAAUUUACGGAAACCAGAGACCAGUUUAUUUUGUACAUUUAUUCAAAAGGAAGGAAAUGAACACAGAAGUGCCAUGUCUAAGAAAUCUGUGAAGCCACAGUGUGCCACUUACAUCUCCAGGAAAGGGGUGAAAGUCAAGAAACUGUCCGUGGAAGGGAAUAUUGCUGUUGGAAAGUCAAGCUUCUUGAGAAUAUUAGCCAACGCAUAUCAAGAAUGGAGUUUUGUGGGAGAACCUCUGAAGAAGUGGCAGCAUGUCCAUUCUUCAUCCAGUCAUGGGAUGGAAAAUUUGCUCCAACUGCUGUACGACAAUCCAGCUCGAUGGUCUUAUACCUUCCAGACGCUCUCUUGUAUGACUCGUUUUAAAACCCAGAUCGAUCCGUUUUCGGAACAGCUACUGAACCAGCAAGAACCUGUGCGAAUAUUUGAAAGGUCUGUAUAUAGUGAUAGGUUUGUAUUUGCCAAAACUCUCUUUGAACUCAGCCAUUUGAAUGACAUGGAAUGGAGCAUGUAUCAAGAAUGGCACACAUUUUUACUUCAGGAGUUCGGGGAGAGAGCUGCUUUGGAUGGGAUUUUAUAUCUCCGUGCAACGCCAGUGAAAUGCUUUGAGAGGCUUCAGAAAAGGGCAAGAAAGGAAGAAGAGACUGUUACCCAACAGUAUCUUGAAAAGUUGCAUGACCAGCAUGAAGGGUGGCUAAUAAAUAAGAACACAGACGUUCCUUUCGCAAAUAUCAGUAACAUUCCAGUUCUGAUUUUAGAGGUUGAUGAGGAUUUUGAAGAUAAUCCUGUAGUUAGUCAGAGCCUCAUGAACAAAGUAAAGGACUUUGUAGUCUCCCUGUAAUAUUUUAUUGUU